AUGUCUUACCUUUUCACCGCUCUUUCGCAGCCAGGUGACCUGUGUCCCUUGGGUUUUUACAACAUCUCCGACCUGGAAACCUGCCGUUUGGGCGCAAGAACCCUGCGGAAGCGCUUCGCGCCUCGGUACGAACGGAUCGAUAUCCCCGUGUUCUUUGGAGAUCGGGAGAUCGGCCAGCGGGGAGUGAAGGAUACAGACCUCACGUGGAUUCCUGUGGAGGCAGGUGCAGUUGAUGCUGGACAUGAGCCUUCUGGCUGCUUACACCGACUCGCUGACAAUGACGUCCUCUUCAACCGGGCCUUCUCGCGCAAGCGCAACCGGCAGCGACAGCUGAUUUGUGCCGACCGAAUUCCAAAGUUGGUGGAGGUCGGGUCGCAGCCCGCUGUGGAGGUCGAGUCGCAGCCCGCUUCAUCGGUCGCAGCCCCUGUCCCUUCGUCCAUUGGCAAUUUGAGCAUCACCGGUCGAGUCUGCCCUGAAGGAAGCUUUGCGAUCCAGACGCCUCACCGAUGUGAGACGGCUGCCAAGGUGCUGUCCAAGAAGUACAUUGGCAUUAUGAUGCCCGCCCUGAUGUUGGAAGAGUUUGAGAAGGAUCCGGAGAUGAUCCGAGCGAAGAAGCUCUCACGAAGUGAUGCUUUGCAAUUGAAGCUCUACUGCUUCGCCUGGACUGUGAGAUCUGAGCGCGAAGAGCUACUCUUGCCCUAUGCCAGGUCUCUCUUCCAAGGCUGCGACGGUCACGGUUUCUUCACCGACCGCGAGGCCUCUGUGACGCCCGAGGAGCGCGACGACUUCGUGCAGGUGGACUUGCCUCCCACGCAGCAGAAUCGUUCGGAGAAGUUCUGGCUCUUGUUGAAGAAUAUGGUGGGUCUACUUCCUGCGUGGAAGUACUUGUUGGACAUGAACGUCACCAGUGGCAUGGACUGGGUUGUGAACCUGGAGUUGGAUCACUUCUUCGUCGCCAAUUUGUUGCGGCAGACCAUUGGAGACUACAUCAACCUCAUGAUUCAAGAUGGACUACCUCAUCAAAACCCAUGGGAGGACCCAGUGAUGCUCAUUUUCGGCAACGUUUUUGCCUUCAAUGCUGCACUCGUGGCCAGCAUGAAGCGUGAAUGGCAGACGGUUGGUCAAGUCAUCUCUGACCGUGGCUCCUUAGGCCUUGGCUGCCCGGUGAUCUCGGGGGCGCGUGCACAUGCUGAAGGGCACUGCGAGCAGGACAUGGUCUACGCCGCUGGGCGGAGGGUGGAGGGAGGUGAGGAUAGCAGGAGGUAG